AAUGCCCUCCACUAUCAUACCAUUUUCUGAUAAACUAUCACAAUAUUUUAGUGUCUUUUUAAUUUUUUUUUAGAAAAAUGUUUAGAUGUGGAGUUUUCAGUGCCACGGUGGCAAUAUUGAUGCUUGGAGUGAGCUGCAUGGAUGACGAAAUGUUGGAAUUAAUGAAAAUGUUACGAGAGAAUUGCGGAGAGGAAUCAGGAGUUGACCUCAGCUUAGUGGAGAAAAUAAAUCAAGGAGCCGAUUUGAUGCCUGACCCUAAACUGAAAUGCUACACCAAAUGCAUCAUGGAGACAGCGGGUAUGUUGUCAGAGGGAGAGGUAGAUGUUGAGGCAACUGUGGCUCUGCUACCGGAAGAUAUGAAAGCUAAAAAUGAGAAGAGCAUACGAGCCUGCGGAACGCAGAAAGGUGGGGAUGACUGUGAGACCGCAUUCCUCACCCAGGUAUGCUGGCAGAAAGCAAACAAGGCAGACUACUUUUUAGUUUAAACUAUAUGUUAAAUAGUUCACAAUGUUAAAUAAAAUUA